GCUGAGAGUUUAAAAGGAAAACUUUCCAUCCCCAACCACCACCACCCCCAUCCCCGCAUGUGUUACAGUUCUUAUUUCUAUCACAAUGGGGGUGUGGGGCUUGGCCCCUUUGACUCGCUCUGGUCACCUUAAUACUGACCGUAGGGCGGUCACUUACCAAUUCCGCCUCCUCCGCGUUGCGGCCCGGAAGUAGAGACCCUGCUUGUCUGGGUUUCUUUGGGCAAUCCCUGAGACCCUCUGGGUAUCGGUGACCCCAUCUGUAAAAUGAAGGCCCGGCAUUUAGUUUUCAAAGAUGGCCGUGGCUUGUCAAUUCCUAGGAAGGAUUUCUUUAAAAGUUACCCGGCUUGGAUGUGGAGUGUGGGCAUGUAGGUUUUUGCAUGCUACCCAGCUGACUUCUCUAGUUUGUGUUUUGGUAAGCUUAUCUCCCAGCCCCAGCCAGCUGAUCGUAAUGCACAGCCAGGGCAUGGUUAUAAACUUCAAUGAAUAGAUUUUUCAUGCAGGACAAAAUCUGGGGCCUCUUUCUUUCUCCUGCUUCCCCACCGACCUCCACUUCUUACUGCAGAAAGAAAGGAUGAAACGAUUCCUGAUGAAACGAGCUCAAGGAGAUCAUGUGGGAAAAGGGGAGCAGCAAGAGCAAACUGAAGAAGAGCCAGCUACCUUGGACAAAGACCCAGGCGGCCCAAGAAAGAGGCCCAGGAGAGAGACCAAGGAAAGGGCCAGCCACGAGGCAGGCUCCAGCUGGCGGCACAUCCGGGCUGAGGGCCUGGACUGCGAUUACACAGUCCUGUUUGGCAAAGCUGAGGCAGAUGAGAUUUUCCAAGAGUUGGAGAGAAAAGUAGAAUAUUUUACAGGUGCGCUGGCCAGGGUCCUGGUGUUUGGGAAGUGGCACAACGUGCCAAGGAAGCAGGCGACAUAUGGCGAUGCUGGGCUGACCUACACGUUUUCGGGCCUUACACUGUCUCCAAAGCCCUGGAUCCCAGUGCUAGAGCGUGUGCGGGACUGCAUCUCUGGAGUGACAGGACAGACUUUCAACUUUGUGCUUGUCAACAGGUAUAAAGAUGGGUGUGACCAUAUUGGGGAGCACCGAGAUGACGAAAGAGAACUGGCCCCAGGAAGCCCCAUUGCCUCUGUCUCCUUUGGGGCCUGCAGAGACUUCAUUUUCCGGCAUAAGGAGUCCCGGGGGAAGAACCCCUGCCAGAGGGUAGAGGUAGUCAGGCUGCAGCUGGCCCACGGAAGCUUGCUGAUGAUGAACCCCCCUACCAACACUCAUUGGUAUCACAGUCUUCCUGUCCGCAAGAAGGUCCUGGCUCCAAGGGUCAAUCUGACAUUUCGUAAAAUUUUGCCUACUAAGAAAUAAAGUUUUUUAACAAUUCAUA